ACCAGCUACUUAGCAGCCGUUGGAAACAAAACCUGAGUCUAAAGCAAGUUCUCAUGUUACCAGGUUAAACCCCAGCUACAUUGUAGUUCCUCACAUAGGCGAACACCUCCAUCCAGUUUUUGCUGUUUACUGUUUUGACCUAGAGGCUGAAGAGGUUUGUGGUGAAGAUGGGAGUACCAAAAUUUUACCGCUGGAUUUCGGAACGCUACCCUUGUCUCAGUGAAGUUGUCAAGGAACAUCAGAUUCCAGAGUUUGACAACUUCUAUCUGGACAUGAACGGCAUCAUCCACCAGUGUUCUCACCCAAACGAUGAGGAUGUCCACUUUCGCAUCUCUGAGGAAAAGAUUUUUGCGGACAUCUUCCAUUACCUGGAGGUGCUCUUCAGGAUCAUCAAGCCUCGCAAGGUUUUCUUCAUGGCGGUGGAUGGUGUGGCGCCAAGGGCGAAGAUGAACCAGCAGAGAGGACGUAGAUUCAGGUCCGCCAAAGAAGCAGAGGAAAAGAUCAAAAAAGCUUUGGAUAAAGGAGAGGUGCUUCCCACAGAGGCUCGCUUCGACUCCAACUGUAUCACUCCUGGCACUGAGUUCAUGGCGCGACUUCAGGAACAGCUCAAGUAUUUCGUCCACAACAAGCUCUCCAAUGACAAGCUAUGGCAGAAUGUCAAAGUCUACUUGUCCGGUCACGAGACACCAGGGGAGGGGGAACACAAAAUCAUGGAGUUUAUUCGGUCAGAGAACACCAAGCCCAAUCAUGACCCCAACACGCGACACUGCCUGUACGGCCUGGAUGCUGACCUGAUUAUGUUGGGUUUGACCAGCCACGAGCCAAAUUUCUCUCUGCUCAGGGAGGAAGUCCGCUUUGGAGGGAAGAAAUCCCAGAAAAGGAUAACGGCUCCAGAGGAGACCACUUUUCACUUGCUUCACUUGUCUCUGAUGAGAGAGUAUAUAGACUACGAGUUCUCUGGGCUCAAGAAUAAGAUGGGUUCCGAUUAUGACCUGGAGCGAGUAAUAGAUGACUGGAUUCUAAUGGGUUUCCUGGUAGGAAACGAUUUCAUCCCUCACCUCCCCAACCUUCACAUCAAUCAUGACGCUCUACCAUUGCUGUACAAGACGUACAUCAGUGUACUACCAAGCCUGGGGGGUUAUCUGAAUGUGAACGGUCACUUAAACCUCAGAAACUUUGAGAAAUACCUGGAGAAGCUUGCUGAGUUUGACCGGGAACAUUUUAAUGAGGUCUUUGUGGAUUUGAAGUGGUUUGAAAGCAAAGUUGGUAACAAAUAUCUGAAUGAAGCUGCUGGACUGGCAGCUGAGAAGGAAGCUGCCAGCAAAGACGCCAGAAAGAAUGAGGAUUCUGCUCUCUGUCUGGCUUCCCUGACUACAUCAGAGAAAGUCACCGGAGAGGAAAAAGCAGCGGCAGCAGAUGAUGAAGAGGAGGAGGAUGAUAUCUUUGAAACAGAGUUCAGACAGUACAAACGCACAUACUACAUGAACAAGAUCGGCGUGGACGUGGUGUCUGAUGAGUUUCUAGCCAACCAAGCCAAGUGUUAUGUGGAAGGUAUCCAGUGGAUUCUCCACUACUAUUACCAUGGAGUUCAGUCCUGGAGCUGGUACUACCCCUAUCACUACGCUCCCUACCUGUCUGACAUCAGGAAUGUAUCUGGGUUAAAGCUGACCUUUGAGCAUGGACGGCCCUUCAUGCCCUUCCAGCAGCUGUUGGCAGUCCUGCCUGCAGCCAGCAUGGAACUGCUGCCCGAGUGUUACAGGCAUCUGAUGACUAGUGAAAGUUCACCUAUUAUUGAGUACUACCCUCUUGACUUUAAAACUGACCUGAAUGGCAAGCAGCAGGAAUGGGAGGCUGUGGUGCUCAUUCCAUUCAUAGAUGAGAGGUGCUUAUUAGCAGCCAUGGAGCCCUGCAACAGGAAGCUGACAAAAGAAGAGAAGGCCAGGAAUUGCCACACAGAGUGUGCAGUCUACUCGUACGACAGGGAAAUGGACUUCGCCUACGCCUCCCCCCUGCCUCAACUGUUCCCCGACAUCGUCCACUGCCACGUCAGGACAGCGCACAUCCCCAUGGAUGCUUGGCAAGUUUCAUUAGAUCACGUCAGCAAGCCCGUUGACCGCUCAGCUCUGUACUUCUGUGGCUUUCCCACCUUACAACACAUCAAACAUAAGUUUUACAAGAAGAAAGGCGGGGUGGUCGUGUUCCAGCAGAGCAGCAGAGGGGAGAACAUGUUGCUGGAUAUCCUUCCCAAUCAGGAAGGGGAAACGACAUGUGAUGAUGUUGCUGCACAAGUUCUGGGAAAGUCUGUGUUUGUCAACUGGCCUCAUCUAGAGGAAGCUCGCAUCAUUGCAGUGUCAGAUGGAGAAACUAAAUUUUAUCUUGAGGAACCACCGGGUGUCCAGAGAGUGUAUGACAGGCCGAGUACUCCUCCUCCCGCCAAAGUCACCUGUCUGUCUGACAAGGAGCAGAAAGAAUGGAUUAAGGAUGUCCAAGGAAUCACUGAAUAUUAUUUGAAGAGGAAAGGCAUCGUGAUAAAUGAGACAGAGGUGGUUUUAUACGGCCAACUGCUGACUGGAAGAAAAUACGUUCCCAAAGCCAAUGGUGUGGUGGAACUGGAGAAACAGUGGGCCAAACAGGUCCUCCCCUUUGCCUACCAGGCGGUUGUUAAGGAUAUCAAAGCCUUUUACUCAUCUCUGGCCUGCUUCAAGAGCUUAGAUGAGCUCUUUCCUCCAACAACAACCGUCUUCAUGGUGGGAAACCCGUACUACGGUGCCAUGGGAGAGGUGCAAGAUUCCCAAGAUGUCAUCAAAGAUGGGCGGAUUCGAGUGGUCUUCAGUGUGCCACAUGAGCCACAGCUGGAGCCCUUAAUCCAGAACCAACACAAAUACAGCGUGAAAUACAGUCCUGGAUACGUUCUGGCCUCUCGUCUCGGCAUCACCGGUUACCUCGUCUCCCGCUUCUCUGGAAGCAUCUUCAUUGGUAGAGGCUCUAAGAAGAAUCCCUGUGGGGAACAAAGAGCUAACGUUGGCCUGAACCUGAAGUUCAACAAGAAGAACGAGGAAGUUCCUGGAUACACCAAGAGAACUGAAAAAGAGUGGCUCUACUCUGCUGCUGUGGAGGAACUGCUGGCUGAAUACCUGGACAGAUUUUCAGAGGUAUUCAACACAGUGUCCAGAAACAGUCACGAUGAUGUUUUCUAUGAAGACGACAUUUGGCCUGGAGAAGACCAGAAUGGGGCAGAGAAGGUGGCAGAAAUCACUUCAUGGUUAAAAAGUCACCCAGUCAGCUCCAUCAGCAGGGCAUCCUGUGACCUCCAAGUGCUGGAUGCUGCAAUCGUGGAGAGGAUCGAGGAAGCAGUGGAGAAGACCAAGGUGAAGAAGAGCACUAAGAAAGUCCGCGUCACAGUCAAGCCUCAUCUCCUCUUCAGGCCCUUGGAACAGCAGCAGGGUGUAGUUCCAGACCCAGACGCGGAAUAUCGUCUGUUUGACAGAGUCAUCAACAUCAGAGAGAGCUUCACCGUCCUGCUGGGACUCAGAGGGACAAUCAUUGGCAUUAAAGGAGCGGAGCGCGAGGCAGAGGUUCUCUAUGAAGUGCUGUUUGAUGAAGAAUUUGCUGGAGGUCUCAACAUCAGGUGUACAUCUUCUCGUUGUUACCGCCUCCCUCCCUGCGCCCUGAUCAACCUUUCCCACGGAGCCCGGGUGGAUCACACUGGCCACAAACUCACCGCCAUAGUCAAACCGCAGCCUGCCACUGGCUGCAACUUCAGCUCGCACCGGCAGCUGGCAGGCCUAAACCACUCUCCUCGUUCACCUUUUGUCCCCACACAGCAUAACAACAAACAUUGUGUGGCGAAGGCUGCCUCACAGGGCAACAGGAGCUCUCCCUCAAAAGGUCCCAUCCAAAAGCACCAGGUCAGGAACAAAGAAGAGUACAGUAAUAUAUGGCAGUCUCUGCAGAACACAGGGCCUCCUAACAAACCUCCUGCUCACUGGCACAACAAUGAAGGACAUUCCCAGCAGGGGAAGAACCAACCCGCCAACAAAUCUACCCCACCUGCUGGCAUCAGGCUGUUGAAGAAAAAUGAGGAUGUCAGCUCCCUUAUUCCCUCACAGAAUACAGCCAAUAAGGCUGCAACAGAAUUUGAGGACCUCAUUGCCAAUCUAAAAAUCUCCAAGGGUAACCAGCAAACCCCACCCCCUCCUGCCCCUCCACAAGAAGGUGACAGCCAGCCAGAUGGCCCAUUAUCCCCCCAGUCUUUUGCCAUGAAGGGAACCCUGGUGCUGAAGGAGAUGCUUAAAAUUGACAGCACUGGAACAGGAAGUCAAUCUCCUCAAGAGACGUCAAACAGCACCCCCCCUGCUGGCCAGCAGCAGAACAGGAGACGAUCGUCAAAGAAACUCGCUGCAAAAAUAAACGUCCCACACGGCGACGCGCCUGUGUUGCCUUCUCCGGCACCUGCUGCCUCUGCCAACACCCUGCUGGGCAGUAAGGUGUCAGAGCUGGCCUGCAUCUGUGGGGCUUUAGGUAUGGCGCCACCUGACUUCAGCUUCAUACGCAACAGACAGGGUCUAGUGGUGUGUCAGGUGAAACUGUCCAACGGGUUGAUGGUCCAUGGCCCACAGUGCCAGUCAGAACACGAUGCCAAGGAGAAAGCUGCUUUCUUCGCACUUCAAAGACUGAACUCACUCGGGUCAGGCUUCCCCCUCCCACCUCCUCUGUACACAGGAGUGGGUCAGAUACGACCUCCCCACAUGGGAGCUGUCUUCAACCAACAAGGUGGUGUGCUGUUGCCCCCACAGGGUUACGGUCCUGCUCCUCUCUGGGGAAUGACGGUGCCUCCUCAACACCACCAAAACCAGCCAUUCUACGGACCACCGGGGACUUUCCCUGGCGCUGCACGCCCCCAGCCUGCAACGACACUGCCCAUUGGCUCACACAACCAGUUCAUCCCCUUACAGGUGACUAAGAAACGAGUGUCGGCAAAUAAAAGGAACCAGGAAACUCGAGAGUUUUACAGUGCUGCCCAAACUGUUGCUAAGAACCAAGCACAGAAAUCCCAGAACCAGCCGACUGGCCAAUUGCAAGGUCAGACUGAACCACAGAGCGGUAAAAUCCACCAACAAGCUGUUAACUGCGACCUCUCCUCUGGUGACUCUACGAUGACGGGGGCGGCACUGCAUACAUCACCUAGGCAAACCAUGCCAGCAACAGGCCACACCCCCAGCUCUGCCUCCAAGAGACGGCAGAGGAAGCUAGCAGUCAACUUUGAGGCAGCUAAAGUCUCAGAAUCAUGAGCUGAGGUGUGUGCGUGUGCGUGUGUGUGUGCGCGUGUGCGUGUGCGUGUGUGUGUGAGAGAGAAUGGCUGACUCAGCAUUUCUGAUCAAAAUCUCAUCGAUGUGAAAGUCUGUGUUCACACAGCAUUACAGAGCCGAGAGCAGCUUCAGACGAGCCUUUUUAUUUUUCAGCAGUGAAACAUGUUAAUCUGCUUCACUGCUCAACUCGCAGAUUCCUCCUCAGGAGAUGAGGUCUGUGCCAGAUUAUCGUAGUUCCCUACUAAAAGAGGUUUAUUACAGCUCGUCUUUUCUUUGUAGUGCUAACUUUGUACUCGCCCAGUCAGUGCUGAGGCCACAAAACAUUCCAAAGCCAUCCACUCAGACUACAGACCGCAAGCGAAGUACUGAUUUUCAUGAUCAUUUAUUAUACUAAAAUUAACUGGUUUUAUCCAUGAUACAGUGUAACCACAGCUCUGUGUCCAUCUGUCUUGGACCUCAGUCAUGCAGGCCUACAGACUGGUUAGCUCGGGGAAAGUCACAGCAGCCUGCCAGUGAUCUGUAUGCCUGUUUGCAGCCAGUUUCACUCUGGCAACUGCCAGCAACCACUCACCAAGAGGCUGCAGAAUACACACUUUCUCCGAGCAACCGUCAGCUCCCUGACACAUCUUCAUGGCUGGGGCCUUUUCUAACUACUUGUGUUUGUUGCUUUUGUUGGACAUUGCUCUCAGCAGUGAUUGUGGCGACUACAGUGUUAUGUUAGACAAAAAGAAAUGCCUAAAGUCAUACACACGAACCCCCAAUAGUAAUAAACCGCCAGCUUUGCCAGAGAACAUUAGUGUCUCCACAGGAGCAGAUUUGGAAGCAGUCUUGUGACUACAUUUUAUUUUGAGUGGUUAAGAAAACCUCGUGCUGAAGUGAGACGCUGCCUUAAAAAGUGCAUUUUCUUCAUUCAGAAUGCUUUGUGGAGAAACUGAAGCCAGCAUGGUGAAAACAACCACUGAGUAAGGGAAUGAUUUCUUUCUUUCUUUCUUUCUUUUUUUUUUUUUUUGGAUUAAGAGGACCUUUGACAUAACUCUAAAAACAUGCAUCACUGAGAGCAUUUCAUAUUUCCUUGAGUGGGCAUUAACAGUGAACAGCCUGUAGAGUUGGACUCCUCUGACGGUCUCAGUCUUCCUUCCCAGCUGAGAGGUUUUCAGACUCCAGGUGUUGCUGGAUGAGACUUCAUGUACUGAGAAAAGACAUCUGAGUGCAGCAGGUUCACAUCAACCCUCCUCUGUUAGCAUGGUGUGCAGGUCCCAAUAACAUGCGAUGUGGACCUUGUUCUCAGGGACAUGUAGCUGUGGUAGAAGCCCCCAUUGCAUACCAUCACAUUUUUAAACAAGUUUAUGCAGAAAUCUGGGCCUCCUAUUGUUGCUACAGCCAUUCAUGCCAUCAUAGAUCAGCUCUAUCCUGUUUGGACUGGUGAUGUUUUAUUGUUUCUGGGGUUUGGUCAUCAUUGUUCACACACCGCCUUUUAUUUACUUCAGGCUCAUAGGUUUUUUUCUUUUUUUAAAGACUUUUUAUGCUUUGUUAACAGCACCUAGAAACAAGACGACUAAAUUCACACCACCUGCACAAAUGCAGAACUAUGUGGAGUUCCCAAAUUAUUUGAGUCCACACACACACACACACACACACACACACACACACACACACACACACACACACACACACACACGCCACUGCAGAGCUGUUUAACACCAGCACAGAUAGUUUCACACACCUACAGAGAGGUUCCUUUUUGCUGUUGGAAAAUGGUCUGAUUUUUCUCUUCGGCUCUGCUGGACCUGCAGGAACGUUCACACUGCCACAGUCAAGAGUUUCCAAAAGCAUCUUAUGCUUAUUAUGGGUGGAUUUUAUCCAGGUUUAAAAAAAAAAAAAAAGAUCUUAACUUUUUGAGUCGAAAUUAAAUUGUUUUGGAGUGAUCUACUGAAGAUGUUUAUUUGAUUAGGGCUGCAUCUCUUGUUUAUAAUAAGGAGCCUGCUCAUUCCUGUGCCAGUCACUAUUGGAAUUUGUUUUGUUUACAGUCGCCUUUUUAUCCAACUUUAAUAAUUAUCUGUGCACAGUGUUAAUUUUCCACCUCUUGUGAAUAUGGAAUCUCUUGAAAUUUAUCGAUGUCUUCAUCAAAUAUCUGUUUGACCCACAUUGUAUGCAGUGAUUGUUUUAUUUCAAGGUUUAUUUCACUGUGAUAGUCGUGUUAUUAUUGUAGUAGCUUGCUAUCAACUGUGUAGAGCACAGGCCUCACACAGCUGGUGACUGCUAAGCUUCAGAAUCCUGAUCAGGUGUCGGACCUGAUGUAGUCUCAUUUCAGAGCGGCUUUAUAUCUGUCAGCGCAGCCCAAAUAUAAGACAGCAGUAGAGUUUUAAUAGGAAACAUACUCGUCCGUGGAGUGAACCACGUGUCUAAGAUGCUUUUGGAAACAUGUCUCAGGUCCUGGUCGGUGCUUUUCUAAAUCUGGUAUAAAUUCUCAGCUGAGUUAGCCACUUCCACGCAUCACUACAUUGUCACACAUACAUAAAUAAUCUCACCAUUUUUAAAAAGGUUUUUCUUUUUUGAACUAUGGAUUUUACGGACAUCCUUUUUAUAGACGAUCUUGGAAUUUUUUUUGUAAGUAAUUCGACUAUCGCUUCAGUAAUGUUUGUGGUAAAGCCACUGUAGAGACAAAUUAAAUUGUACUUACCCAGACCAUGUUUUGUAUUUAACCGGUCCUUGUUUUGAGGGAUGCAGGCUUACAGUAAUUUUUUUCCCCUUUUUUCUUUAAGACUGACACCCUCAUAGCCACCUUGGGACUGAAGUGUGUAAGGGUCUGGUGCAAUAAGGGGGGGUUUAAAACUCUUUUUGAAAAUUGAAGCACACCUGUUUGUUUGUUUGUUUUUUCUUUUUGUCCUUUGUUAUUGUUUUUUUGUGGGGGGUACAAAGAUUAUGAGAAGAUGUAAAGGUAACAGAAGAUGAAACGUUAUGGACUUGCUGUUUUGAUUCAGGAAUGUCUUGUACAUAACCAUUUAAUAAAAUGAAUCUUUUGUUACGA